AUGGCGGAAGAGCUGCCAAAUCCACGUCGCGAUAUACCUCGAGCAAUCUUUGCCCAGGUCUCUCUUGGAGCCAUCACCGCAUUCUUGUACGCCGUGGCAUUGUUCUACGCCGUCAGUGAUCUAGACGAAGUCAUCAAUACCUCUGGCUCCUUCCCUGCGGCCGUCAUCUACCGCCAAGCAACUGGAAAUGCUGGCGGAGCUUUCUGUUUGCUGCUCAUCAUCUUCCUUAUUAUCAUGAUAUGUGCAAUCUCAACCGUCCUCUCGCUCGGUCGCACCUGGUGGGCACUCGCUCGUGACCAAGCCACUCCUUUCGGGGACUUCUUUUCCUCCGUCAACGAGCAACUUUCCUGCCCAAUUCCUGCCACUAUUUUGGUUGGUGUCCUAGUCACAGGCCUUGGAGCCAUCAUUCUCGCCUCUGGAACCGCUUUCAAUGACCUUGUCGGCUCCUUUAUCGUCCUCUGCGCAUUCUCUUAUCUUUUGGCCAUCUUCCCUCACCUGAUCAGCGGCCGCAAGUACACCCCCAAGGGCGACUUCUGGAUGGGCAAAUAUGGCUUCGUGGUCAACGCCCUCGGCUGUGUUCUGAUUGUCUUUUUCAACAUCAUGUUCUGUUUCCCAUACGCGAUGCCAGUCUCGGCGGAUUUAAUGAACUACAAUUCGGUGAUCUUGGUGGGUGUCUUGAUUAUUGUCACUUUCUGGUGGCUCGUCUAUGGAUUGAAACAUUACCCGACGCCGAAGGUGCUUACUGAGGCGAUGAAGUGA